AUGGCAAUCCUCCUCAAGUCCAUGAUCAGUGGCAAAAUAAAAGACCUUGGAGGAGGAGGAGGUGGAGGUGGAGGAGGAGGAGGAGGAGGAGGAGGAGGAGGAGAAGAGGACAAGGCAACAGAGGGAGAUGGGAAGCCGACUCCACAGAGCACUGGCAUGACCAGGGACGAGUUUGAGGAAUACCAGCGGCAACUCUUAGAGGAAAAAAUAGAACGAGACAACGCAUUUACACAAAAGAAGGCAGAGCGGGCUACAAUCCGUUUGCACAUGAGGGGAAAAUAUCGUCUACCCCAGAAUGACAAGGAUGAGAACCAGCUGCAGAUGGCAGGAGGUGACGUGGACCUGCCUGAGGAUCUCGCCAAGAUGAUGCAAGAAGAUGAAGAGGACGAGGAAGCCAGCAACUCCAUCCUGGGCAGCAUUCAGAACAUGGACUUUGACACCUUGAAGGUUAAAGCCCAAGAAACGUUCACUGAGAUGAAACAGACGGCAGAGGAGAAAUGCUCUGUGAUGUAA